CUUUUACUGGCCUCUACCAGGGCCCAUGUUCGUCUCUCCCCCUCUCUGCUUCUUCUUCCUCUCGAAAAGUAAGGCCAGAGCUCCCUCCCUCUUUCUGUGCGCUUACUCACGCCGGAGCUUGAGCAGAGACCAAGAAAAUGGAAGACAUAGAGGAUCUGUUAGUCGGCAGGGGAGCUGAGGGUGCUCCGCCCGGUUUCCGGUUACCAUUAACCUCUGUUGGAGUUGUUCCCAGGAAGAAUAGGAAUAGAACUAAGCUGAACGACGAUAAGAUUUCCCCAAUUUAUGACCCUCUCACCCCUCCUUCCCUCAAAAUCCCUGGCACUCAGACCAUAUAUAUAAAGACUUUUGGAUGCUCACAUAACCAGAGUGACAGUGAGUAUAUGGCUGGUCAGCUUUCAGCAUUUGGUUAUUUAUUGGCUGACGAUCCAGAAGAGGCAGAUCUGUGGCUAAUAAACACAUGUACUGUGAAAUCUCCAAGCCAGUCUGCUAUGAACACAAUAAUAGCAAAAGGAAAAUCUGCUAAAAAGCCUCUGGUGGUAGCUGGGUGUGUGCCUCAAGGAAGUCGAGAUCUGAAGGAGUUAGAAGGGGUCAGUAUCAUUGGUGUCCAGCAAAUUGACCGUGUAGUUGAAAUUGUAGAGGAAACCCUGAAGGGUCAUGAAGUGCGUCUUUUGACUCGCAAGAUUUUGCCAGCACUUGACCUUCCUAAGGUGAGAAAAAAUAAGUUUGUCGAGAUUCUCCCAAUUAAUGUUGGCUGUUUAGGUGCUUGUACCUAUUGCAAGACAAAGCAUGCACGUGGUCAUUUGGGAAGCUAUACAGUUGAUAGCCUUGUGGGACGAGUAAGAACUGUCAUAGGUGAUGGAGUUAAAGAAAUAUGGUUGAGCAGUGAAGAUACUGGAGCAUAUGGUCGCGAUAUUGGGGUUAAUCUUCCCAUCUUGUUAAAUGCUAUUGUUGCUGAACUUCCUUCUGAUGGGAGCACAAUGCUAAGAAUUGGGAUGACCAACCCUCCUUUUAUUCUUGAGCACUUGAAAGAGAUAGCUGCUGUUUUGCGCCACCCAUGUGUAUACUCCUUUCUUCAUGUUCCAGUCCAAUCUGGAAGUGAUGCUGUCUUGAGUGCAAUGAACCGAGAAUAUACAGUGACUGAAUUCAGGACCGUUGUAGAUACCUUGACAGAACUUGUGCCAGGAAUGCAGAUCGCAACUGAUAUAAUUUGUGGAUUCCCCGGUGAAACGGAUGAAGAUUUUGCUCGAACAGUGAGCCUUGUUAAGGAAUACAGGUUCUCCCAAGUUCAUAUUUCACAGUUCUAUCCUAGACCAGGGACACCUGCAGCAAGAAUGAAGAAGGUUCCAAGCACAACAGUGAAGAACCGAAGCCGUGAAUUGACGUCUGUUUUUGAAGCUUUCCAACCUUACAAUGGAAUGGAAGGCAGAGUUGAAAGAAUAUGGAUAACUGAUAUAGCAACUGACAGAGUUCACUUGGUUGGACAUACCAAGGGAUAUGUGCAGGUUCUUGUAAUUGCUCCGGAGGGUUUGUUGGGUACUUCUGCUAUUGUAAAGAUAACAUCUGUGGGAAGAUGGUCGGUUUUUGGAGAGGUGAUUGAGAUUGUCAACCAACCAAAUAACAAAACAGCUACAAACUGGAGAGUGUCGAGUGAGCACAAAUGUUCAUCCCUUUCUGACCCAUACAAGCCUUGUUCAUGCUCCGGAUUGUCAGAAUCUUGUGCCUGUGGACCAGAAAGCUGCAGAGGACAACAGAGUAAUUUUUCAAAGAGGGAACUGUUGGAAGAUCAAAGCAAAAGAAAUCUUGCUGGAUGGUUCCUACGGAAGCGGAAUAAUCUAGUGCGAAAGAAAAUACAGAGUGAGAAAGCCUCAGGAGUGAAGAAGCAAGAACAGUCUCGUGGAAGCACGGGUGAAUGGGAUUUCAUUGAUAGAGUGCUUCUCGGUGGAAUGCUUGUCAGCUCCUUCACAGUUAUAAUUUUACUCAUAUAUCUUUACAUAACUCUGUUGUCCAAGUAAACUUUAUCUCUGUAAUUAUUUUGGAGAGAAAUUUCAUGAAGGAUUUAGUACCAUACAUGGAUUUUGUCUUUAUUCUUGGAGUAAUCAGUCCUAGAAGCGAGCUUCUUUGUUGCCAAAUUUUGAGUCAAUCAUAUCAUCUGUAAGAACUCUGUUAAAAUUUUUAUCAUAUAAUUAAUAGCACUUCCAUCUGUCCCCUUA